UGCGUGUUUGUGUGUAAUCCAGCGCUGUUGUGCAUCUUAAGCGCACGGCUGUCUGACGCAGAACUGAUACCAGCUGACCUCGCGACCCGAGCUGAACCCUUCAGAGGAAGAGAGAUAUGUGCAGCGGUCUACACAUGACCACAGACCCCUUCCUGAGCUCGCUACAAGGAGGAGGAGCAGCACGCCAGCAAUGCGGUGUAUAAUUCAGUAAUUAUUACAAUACAUCGCCGCAUAACUUUCUCCAGGCAUGCAGCUGCAGCGGGUGAUUUGAAAGUGAACCAUUAAGCGUUUUACUAGAAGAGGGAGCCAACAGUCUUCAGGACGGCAGCAACGAGUUUGAGUGCCAACAUUACUGUGAGUGUGUCUUGUUAUUUCACACACUGACUCAAAGCAUGAAGGACCAAAGCAUCACGCUGGCAGAACAGAGAGUGAUGUAUCCUAAAGAAACACCUGACCCAGUCAGUCAGGACAGAGCUUUAUCCUUCACAGAAGAAACAGUGUCCAUAUUAACGUCCAGCAGCAUGCUGGCCCGCUCUUUUCUUAUCCAUCCCCGAAGUUUGAAAGACCAAGAAAGCUCUGAGACUGACAGCUGCAUCACUCUGCGUCGCAAACGUGAGUGUAUACCUGCCGAGAAAAAAGACGAUGGUUAUUGGGACAAGCGCAAAAAGAACAACGAAGCUGCUAGGCGUUCGCGUGAGAAACGGCGCAUCAACGACAAGGUGGUGGAAAACAAAGUUCUGGCUCUUCUUGAAGACAAUGCACGUCUGAAAGCUGAGCUACUGGCUCUUAAGUUCAAAUUCGGUUUGAUCAAAGAUCCUACAGAAUCACAGAUCUGUUCCUUUGGUACACAUAACCAAACACUUCCAGCAAUACGCUACAACUGCUCUAAUACAAACCCACAAUCUACUUUUAAUCAUCCGUUGUUGAUCUCAGAUCAUAGCGGUCCAAAUGGUAAAAACUAUGGGUUCUUCAUGCCUGGAGGUUUAAGCAUUGGGAGCCCAGAGCUUUCAGAUGAUGCUGGAGGUGAACAUAUUCAAAAAUCCCCUGGCGAACAGCCAAGUGGUACCACAGCAGUUGAGACAGAUUCAUUAGGAUGGCAAGCGAACAACAUGAAAGGUCUUCCUCAUAAACUGCGUUUUAAAACGCCAUGUGGAAUUGAAGGUGCUGAUUUGAAGGUCCUUCAUCCAGUGGAGAACACAUCACAGUCUCAGUCCACAGAGGGCUUAUGGAGGCCACAAACAUCAUCAGUUUAUUCAACGGCAAAUGAGAAUAACUCUUCAAUUCACAGGCAUACAGAAAAUCACAGCGCUAUUAGAUUCCAGAUCAGCGCUUUGACUGAAGAAGUGGCCCAGCUCAAAAAACUGUUGUCUCAGCAUCAGCUCUCCAAAGUGAACUGAAAUAAUCUGUCCCACCUGUCUUCUGACCUAUCCAAAGAAAGAGGCCCAUUUUUCUGAUUACAACAGACAAAUAUAAGAAGCCAGCUGGUUGCUCUCUGGAACAGCUGGCAAUCUAAGUGAUUUUUAAUUUAUGUUAAAGUUUCAUAUGGCCGUCUGCUCCGCUACUGUUUCAUUACAUGCUGAAUGAAAUGAAAAAUAUUGUGAAAAGCUCUGCUGUCUUCUGUGUCUACUGUUGUAUGGUGCUUUGUUUAAGCUAAGUGGCAUCGGUCAUAUUGAGACUUUGCAAAUGGUAAUUAAAUCUAAACCUUUUUUGUGUACCUUUUCUGUUCAGUGCCUGUUAUGUUUCAUUAAAUCUCUGUUUUGGUUUUGCCAGUUUGUUUAAAUCCA